GGCACAGAGGGAACAGGGCAGCCAAGUCCCCAUCUCCGGCUGCCACCGCGCCAGGUAGACUCUGUAGACUCAGCUCUCACAGGCACAGGCUUUGACCGGGCGCGGCUUUGGAUCCUGCCUCCGCACCCGCAAGGCGACGCGCAGGUCUCAGGUGCCAGUGCUGGUGUCUCUGAAGUGUCGGUGGCUUAGGCUGGGCGGCUCCCUAGGCACGUACGUCACCUGUUUGACAGCCUCCUACUAAAUCAGAGAGCAGCAAGAGCCAGGAGCCUCGCGUGCGCGUCGCUGGCAGCUCCAGAGAAUUAGAACUCGCCUCCUUGCUCCUCCCUGCAGACCCAUUUAAAGUUAAGUCUGGCUUUAAGAAAAAGCUGAGUGGGUCUAGUUUCUGCAAGUUUUCUUCUGCAAGAUGAACACCAUUCUGCCUUGCCAAGAUCAGUAUUUUGUAGGAAGCCAGAGUUAUAAUUGCCCGUAUUCCACUACAACGUCAGAAUCUGGUGUUGACGUUUCCAAGGAAACUUGGGUCUCUUUCUGGGCUGCUGGUCUCCUGGACAACACUGAGCUCCAGCAAGCACCACAAGUGCUGGAACCGUCCUCUGAGUUAAGUUUCCCUCUUCAGGACUCAUGUUCAUGGGAAGAGGCUCAGCUGUCGUCUCAGCUCUACAGAAAUAAACAGCUCCAGGAUACGCUACUGCAGAAGGAGGAAGAACUUGCUAGGCUACAUGAAGAGAAUAAUCACCUCAGACAAUACCUGAAUUCUACUUUGGUUAAACGUCUGGAAGAGAAGGCCAAGAAAUUGCUGUCAUCAGAUGAGUUUUCAAAAGUGUUUGGAAAACUCAGAAAAGAGAAGAGGAAACCCAAAGAACACAGACACUCCCCUGCCGAGAUCCCCCAGUCCAAAACUGCCAAGAGAAACCUCUCCACGGAGUUUUCUAACUGUGAAGAACAACCUGGGCCCCAAGUGGACCCCUGGGUUCUUCAAACCCUUGGGUUAAAAGACCUUAAUACCAUUGAUGACACUCUACCAGCUAACUACAGUGCCGUAGCCUCUCAUCCCAGAGCAGUUCCCAGUAUUUCCUCCCAGUUUGUACAUGAUACAAAUGUCUAUGCAAAUGUCCCCAGAGAUCUACACCUCGAUUACAUAGGUCAGGGAACACAUGGCUCACAUACCACCUCCAUCCACCAGGAAGAUUGUCACAGUUUUGCUAGACUUUCUAAUCCUCCAGUGAUGGUGCAGACUCUUCCUUACCACACUGCAGAUGUGUCACCCAACAAGACAGAGGUGGCCUUUUCCACAUCUUUGAGCCCUCACUGUAAUGUGAAAACUCAUUCCUUCCACCAGGGACAAGCCUUUGUGCGUCGAGAUGAGGAAGGAGGUUGGAAGUUUACCUGGGUCCCUAAGCAGACCUAGUGGUUCCUUCCUUCUAUCACAAAGUACUGCCAGGACUUCUGUCUACAAAGAUCUCUUGCAAAUGGACUUGGCCACUGAUAACACACCAGCUCUUGCCUGCCUCUUGCCACUGCCAGUGUUCCUUUAGGUUACACACAUAAACUUGUAGGGUAUGGUUAUCAAUAAACCAUACUGAUAGGGAUCUGUUCUUCCUUUACUCAGACUUGACCUGUUUACAGGUUCAUACCUGCAGUUGGCUUUCUCUCAUUGUCUGAGGCCUGAAUAGUUUUUCAAGACAAAACUGUCCUUUUCCAAUUAUGGACAGUUUAACAGCAUAUCAUUUUCUAUCAGAUUGUCUAAACAUGGCUUCUCUUCCUCCUCUGCUUGUCUUUGUGUCUGAAGAUGGCCUUUAGAAUGAGUCCCAAUUCUAUUUCACAUACUUGCUACUGGAUAUUCACAGAUGGGGGUUCUGCCCUUUAGCACUACUGAAGAUGCAGGGUCAAUAUAAGUAACAUUCUGUUCAUGGAAGAUCAAAUGAUUAAAUGUCCCAUGGUAAUGCUGUCAAAGUAUCUCUCAAACAAAGCUAACCUUACCGAUAUGCAAUACCAAUGACAAAUUAUAGCAGUCAAAGAACUACAUCUACUUUAAUGUGCCAUGUGGUAUAUCAAUCUCUCUUUGUACCUGACAUUGUUUCUUUGAGCAGUAUGGUACAAACCUUUUUGAGGGACUUUAAUUAAAAUAAAGAAAAGGAAAGGUUUCCUAGACUACACGGAGCUGACAUCCACUUCACUGGAACUGAAGUCUUGCUUAACUUUGACAUUGUCUUAUCCUCCUUCAUCCUCCAUUCUGCAUUCCAUUAAACCAUUUAUAGAAUACUUAGUAUCCAUGUCAGACAAGGUAAGGUGACAUGUGUCCCAAGACCUAUACAAGUGCACAAGUUAAUCUUCACAAAGUUAUUUCAUUUGUGUAAUGGUUCAGUUUUCCUGACUCUAGAAUAUAGUUGUUGCUAGGAAACCACUAGCAUUCUGAGUAGAGUGUGGGUUGCAUUUGCUUUAGUCCAAAAUGACAUCCCAUUCUAUUCUUCCCUUUAACUUUGAUAAGUGAUGCAGAUAUUAUGUAGGGUGAACCUAUAUACAACCAAAACAAGAAAAAUGAAUAUAAGCAAUAUAUAUAUAUAUAUAUAUAUAUAUAUAUAUAUAUAUAUAUAUUCUUGAUAUUCUUCAGCAUAAGCCAGUUUUGUGUGUUAGUAUAGUCUACUGGAAAGUCAUUUGCAUCUACCAAUAGAUACAUAUUAAUUUUCAAGCUGUGCAUUGAUUGAAUGCAAAUCCUGACAUCAAGGAUUCAUCCCUUUUUGGAUUAAAGAAAUGUUUCCUCAUGUUUGUUUCCUUUGCACCCUGUUCUUGUGAGAAUUAAGCAUGUGUCAUGGACACACGCCCAUAUUGUCUGCAUACAGUCCAUUGCUAUUUCUCUCUUCACCAUCCUUCUCAACCUGUCACUUCACAGAAAGCGUGUCUGAAAUGUAUACUGUCUGUAAGUUUUUGUAAGAAGGAUGUUCUUUUGAUUUUUGUUCUUUAUUCUGUUUCAGUUUGAUCAGAAAAAUCAAAGAAUCUGUGUUAUACUUUCUAUUGCCAAUCUGUUUUAUUUACUAUCAUUGAAGGCACUGGUACAUGCUGGGAUGUUUUCAAAACUUAUGGAGCAAUAGAACUAUUAAAAUCUUUCUUUUCAAAGGAGUGCCUUUUAUAUUUUAGUAUCCACAUCCCUGGUGGGUGACAUCAAUCCCAUUUUAGAAUAACAAAGUGAACAUUAAAAUCGAUUGUAUGUUACUCUGCUAGGAAUUGAGUAAACAAUGCAAUUAUUUUGAAAGUAGAUUAAACAGAAAACCAAAUUAGCUAAAAGAUACUUAUGUUGCAUUGUUUAAACACUGUAUUGUGUGAUGUAUGCCAAGAAGAAAUACUCAGCAUGGUGCACUGGUGCACAAAGAACAGCUACAUACAUAUCACGGCUCUUGAGAUCAUUUCCAAUCAACUUGGACUCAUCCUGGUGUGUAGAAGUUAGAUCCCAUUGAUACCUUGUUUAGACUUAUAAUAUGAAAGGUGGAAACAGAGGAAUUACUACAUAUUUUUGCAAUUAUAUCUUCACAUUUCUGAUAUUUAUUUGAGUUAUAUAGAGACUAUCAUUUUGUUGAUGUGUAAGAAAUUUGAUUUUAUUAUGUGAGUGCAUGUUCUGACUUUAUCUCUACAGCAAUCCACUUAAUAUUUUACAAGAAAAAAAUGACAAAAAAACCUAUCUCUUUCUGAAUGUGAUGGGCACUUUCAUAUGGUGCAAAUGAUUUCCAACAUUAGCUAUUUUUCUCUCUGGGUUGUAACCAUAACCUUCUUUGCACUAAUUUUGUAACAUGUUUAUAGCUGGAUUACUAUCGUUGGCACUUAGGGUUACUGAUUAUUUCCUUUUUCCAGGUAUAUAACUGAGACUUUUAAAUAAUCUGUGGCCUAAAAAUGUUCAAAUGCCUAAUGGAUACAAUUGUCUUAAACAUAACAUCACAUGAAAAUUUGAAUCUAAUGUUGAUUUUUUAAUCAUAUUAUAUUAACUAUCCAAAAAUUUUAUACAAUGUAUUUUGAUGAUCAAUACCUCCAACCCCUCCCAUUACCAUCUUAUCUACCCUUAACCCCAUAUGCACCCAACAUCUUUGUUUUGGGAUAUUUAUGAAUAAAUCUGAUAGGCUUAGUUCUUAAAACAUAUGACAUAGGUAUGUUUUACAGUAUGUUUAAAAUCUUCAUUUUGACAGAUGAACAUAAGCAUUUAGCUUUAAUUCUUAUAAAGACUAUCUACAAAUAUCAAGUACAGUUUACUACUUGGAGUGUAAAUACUAUGAUUUAUUUUUGAUUGGAACUAUUUCUAAUUAUAUAAGUCAACUUUGUAAUCAAUCUGACUAAUAAAUGAGAAAACUUA